UCCGGUCUCGGCAACUCCCGCGUUGACCACUGGUCUUGAUUCCCGUCUCUGUGUCUCCUCUCGGCUUUCAUCUCUUUCCUGGUUCCUUCCCUUCUCGAUAUCUUUGAGGGCUUCAAAUUUGAUACUUCUGCACUCAAUUCGAGCUCGACUGCCGCUUCUUUCAGGACUGUUUCUGUGGACCGAUCGCGAUGCAGGAAGGUUUUGAUAUUAAUAAGCUGUGCAAAGAUGCUCAGACACGUUGGUUGAAGCCAGUAGAAGUUCUUUUUAUCUUACACAAUCAUGAAAGUUUUCAACUCUCCAAUAAGCCUCCUGAUAAGCCACCUAGUGGUUCUUUGUUACUUUUCAAUCGAAGGGUGCUACGCAAUUACCGUAAUGAUGGAUAUUUGUGGCGGAAAAAGAACAAUGGAAGGACCCUUGCAGAAUCACAUGAGCAUCUUAAGCAUCAGUUAACAUGGCUAGGUUGGGGCUGCUGAAGUACUGUCUUGCUAUUAUGCUCGUGGGGAGCAAAAUCCUUGUUUUCAGAGGCGUAUUUAUUGGAUGUUGGACCCGGCCAAUGAGCACAUUGUUUUUGUCCAUUAUAGAGACGUGGCAGAGGGAAGAUUUGUUCCUGAACCAAUUUUCAGCGUCUCAACUGAAUCUCCUUCAACUUUCAAUCAGACCAACAGCAUUACUGAUGCUCAAGUUCAAGGCUUCCCCACUCAAAUUAAUGAAUUAAAUGAACAGUGCCAGAACCCGUGCAGCUCGGUUUCAGUGGAAGAAGCUAGUUCUGAGUUUGUUACAGGAAAAACUGAGAAGCCCCUCUUGAUUAAAAUGGAUACAUCAGAAACUUAUAACCAGCCAUUGCUGCCAGAGGUCAAUCAUGCAUUACGGAAGCUUGAAGAGCAGUUAAGUUUGGAUGAUGAUGAUGAUGGUAAUGGUUACAUCUAUUCUGAGGAGAAGUUGCAUCCUAGCUGCAAUCAGAAUGAGAAAUCAGAAGAUUUAGGAAUUCUGAACCAUGAAACAAGGGACUUCGUACAGGAAACACUCGACAGUCUACUUGAUCAAUUGAAACAUGAGGCAAAUGAUCAUGUGGAAGAGGGUGGACAGCAAGAUGGUUCUCACGCUCUCCAGAUGGUAAAGAGUCCAGAAUUUUCAAGAUGGUCUCACGGAUCUCAUUCCCUGAUAAAUUCUACCUCUACGAUAAACUCUUGUGGAGCUCUCUCUGGAUUGCUGACUCCUGGAAAUGAUAAUAACACUCAUGGGCUGGAGACAGUGCUAUUAACUGGAAAUAGUGUAUGUUCUUCUUCUGGAGCAGAUUUUGGUUUGCCAGUAGCACAAAAACCAUGGUUUAACAUAUGUGAAAUCUCUCCAGAAUGGGCAUUUUCUUUUGAAAGAACAAAGGUUAUCAUUACUGGACACUUUCUUUGCAAUCCUCCAGGGCACUCAUGGGCCAUAUUAUUUGGGGAUGCUGAAGUUCCACUGGAAAUUGUUCAGGAAGGUGUCUUCCGUUGUCUGGCUCCCAAACAUGAUCCUGGAAAAGUCAAAUUGCGCAUUACAUCUGGAAAUGGAGAACCCUGUAGUGAUGUACGAGAAUUUGAAUUUCGUGCAAACCCAGGCACCUCAAGUUUCAGUAGCACUUCAAAGCAAGGAUAUGCAGUCAUGGGCACUGAGGAAUUGUUGUUGCUAGUCAGAUUUGUGCAGCUACUUUUAUAUGGACAUGACAGGACAUCUAUUCCUCAAGAAGGUGAUGUUGAAACAUGUAUUGAUCGUUCCAGAAAAUUGAAAAGAAAUGAUGAUCGGUUAGGGGAAAUUGUUGAAGCUCUCCUAGCUGGUAGAGAGACUUCAGCAAACACAAUGGAUUGGAUCUUGCAAGAACUAUUAAAAGAUAAGUUGCAGCAGUGGUUAUUGUCUAAACAUUUGGAAAAUGCUGACCAAACCUGUGUUUUGUCUAAGCAAGAGCAAUGCAUCAUACACAUGAUUUCUGGCUUGGGAUAUGAGUGGGCCUUAAACCCAAUUCUUACUUCUGGCACUGGCAUAAAUUUCCGUGAUACAAAAGGAUGGACUGCACUUCAUUGGGCUGCAUGUUUUGGAAGGGAGAAAAUGGUUGCUGCACUUCUUGCUGCAGGUGCUUCAGCUGGUGCUGUGACAGAUCCCACUCCGCAAGAACCAGCAGGCAAAACACCAGGUUCUCUUGCUGCUGCCAAUGACCACAAAGGCCUUGCUGGAUAUCUUUCAGAAGCUGCACUAACAAAUCAUCUUUUUUCUCUCGCAAUGGGAAAAAGUGAGAUUUCCAAAACCUCUGGUCCCGUGGAGGCAGAUGGAGGUGUUGAGAGCAUAUCGCAGAGAAGUGCCCACUUACAAGGUGGUACGGAAGAUCAACUUUUACUUAAAGAUUCCUUAGCAGCUGUCAGAAAUGCAACUCAAGCUGCGGCACGAAUACAAUCAACCUUCCGUGCUUAUUCUUUCUGGAAGAAACAUCAAAAUGCUGAUCAAGACAAGGAUGGUUUCUCUCCAGAAGAUAUAAAUGGAGUGUUUGUGGCUUUUCGUGGUCUUUGUGAUCGAGCAUUUCAUAAAGCAGCUCUAUCAAUUCAAAAGAACUAUCGUUGUUGGAAGAGACGUAAAGAAUUUGUAACAUUACGUAAACAUGUCAUAAAGAUACAGGCUCGUGUAAGAGCACAUCAGGCAAGAAAGAAGUAUGAGUUGCUUUUGACUGUUGGCAUUCUAGAAAAGAUAAUAUUGCGGUGGUGUAGGAGAAGAGUUGGAUUACGAGGGUUUCGAGCUGACCCAGAAUCAAUCAAUAAAGAGGAAGAAAAUGACAUACUAAAGGUUUUCCGUAAGCAAAAAGUGGAUGCUGCUCUUGAUGAAGCUGUCUCAAGCGUUCUAUCAAUGGUUGACUGCCCUGAAGCACAGCAACAAUACCGCCGAAUGCUUGAAAGUUACAGGCAAGCUAAGGCAGACUUGAGCAAAGUAGAAACAGCAACAUCCAGGGUUUCAGGUGAUUGGGUGUCACGAGAACUUGAAGACUACUUGAAUCAGUUAGGACACGAAUAACAUGCUUUUAGAAUGUAACUAAAUGUCAAGAUUCCAUGAGUACCGCAAAUUACUGGAGACCGAUCACUUCUCUAUCAGUUGACAUAAGAGAAGACAUUGCCUCGAGUCAAACUACCAUCCAUUGGGUUUUCCCAGAACCCAAAAAGGUGACGGUUGGUUUGUCGCAUUCAGCUGCCUGUGCAGGUUCCUCAAGUUGGCGCAACUAUCAACCCUAUACUUGAUUGGUGUAAAAUAAUGUUUAGUUUCUUAUAUCUAAUGUAAAUGUUGGUCUGUCAUGAGAUGGGACAUUUAGUUGUUAGAUGUUCUGUAGCAGUAACUGCCCACAUAUAUGAUCUGAUUGUCGAUAAGCCCCAUCUUUUGCCUUUGACAACCUCGCUGUGAAAGUGCCGCUUUAUGCUACUAAUGUGGGGUGUCAUGUUGCACUGGUGAGUUCUUGGUAGCAAUUUAUCUGGGGCAUCCGGUUCCUCAAUUGCCCUUUGUAAAAUGGAAGCAAUGCAUUGAAAAUUUUGUUAUGAUAGAAAGCAAAGAGACAAA